AUGCGAUCCCUCCCGUCUCAUGACCUCUCACAUCUCUGGCGCCGCAUGGACACCGUCUUGCAGCGAACGAUUCUUCGUCUACGUGGAUCUCGAGUAGCGAGCCCUGAACGGGAUGAGCUCACUCGAACCUUGAUAUCUCUUCCCGCUAGGCUAGGCGGUAUGGGUAUACUUUCCUUUGAGGAUUGCGCAUCCCGAGCGUUCGAAGCGAGUUGGGUAGUAUCGUCAACCGUCCUCAAAACCUUCAUUCCCGAUAUCGCAAUUCCAGAGGAUAAACGGACUCAAAAGGAGAGAUGCGCUGAAUUGUUUGAAUCUCAGCAAUCUGAAAUGCUUCAGGGUCUCAUCACUUUCGAGCGGAUUCUGGUCGUCGAAUCGGCAUCCAACCUUGGACGCCGUUGGCUCUCCGUACUGCCAACUGGACCUACCCUGCAAAUGUCGGACCACGAAGUCUCGGUUUCCUUACAUCGUCGCUUACUUACAUACAGAAAAGCCACCUACUGCGGACGAUGCAAGCUUAACGCCACUCCACCCAACGACUUCAUCGCGCACGAUGACCACUGCAAAUCGCAAUACGGUAUAUGGACUUCCCGACACAACCAGAUUCAGAAGCUUUGGGUCAAGACACUGCAACGGGUCGAAGGGAUCAAGGUCACAAAAGAACCCCAAAUUGCUGGUACAGAUCGGUGUAACGACAUUAGGAUUGAAGGUGGAAGACAGAUUGGAACAGCGGUGCAGGACUACGAUCUUCAAAUUACGGCGAUCUCAACCAAGGAGGCGGUCACUAUAGCAGGUCAACAACCUAGGAAUGGAUUCACCUCAGAGAAGCUGGUGGAGCGAGCUAAGGAUAGGUUACAGGAGUUCCUGAAAAGGAGAGUAUCGGAUAAGGUAAACAAUCUUCCUGCCUCAUCGGUGGACCCGGUCCCUAUGCUGCCUCUGUUGAUGUCAUCUGGUGGAUUCUUGGAGGAGAAGACGGAAUGUGAGCUGAGGAAGUGGAGGAGGAUGAUUGGUAACGAUGCGUUUGAUUUUAUGCUGCGUAGGAUGGCUGUCAUCCUGGUCAAGGCCAGGGCAGACUCCUAUCAGUACUAA